CGAUUCCUCCCAAAUUGUCCCAACCUUUCUAAAAAGUCAAGACUCUCCCAAUGGCUUUUUCACUACUUUCCAUUGUAGCAAUACUUGUUUGCUUCUUUAGUUUCGUCCAAGGAUAUUGGCAAAAUGGCCAUGCAACCUUUUAUGGUGGAGGAGAUGCCUCUGGCACAAUGGGUGGUGCUUGUGGAUAUGGAAAUUUGUAUAGCCAAGGAUAUGGUACCAACACUGCGGCAUUAAGUACUGCUCUUUUCAAUGAUGGUUUAAGUUGUGGGUCAUGUUAUGAGAUGAGAUGCACCGACGACCCUAGAUGGUGCUUGCCCGGUAGCAUAAUUGUCACCGCGACAAACUUCUGCCCGCCUAAUCCUGCCCAAUCUAAUGAUAAUGGUGGAUGGUGCAACCCUCCUCUACAACACUUUGAUUUAGCAGAGCCUGCUUUCUUGCAAAUUGCACAAUACCGGGCUGGUAUUGUGCCCGUCUCAUUCCAAAGGGUACCUUGUGCGAAGAAGGGAGGAGUGAGGUUUACGAUAAACGGGCACUCAUACUUCAACUUGGUUUUGAUCACCAACGUUGGCGGUGCAGGGGAUGUACAUGCAGUCUCGAUCAAAGGAUCAAACACUGGAUGGCAAGCAAUGUCACGAAACUGGGGGCAAAACUGGCAAAGCAAUUCUUACAUCAAUGGCCAAAGCCUUUCCUUUCAAGUCACCACUAGCGAUGGAAGAACCAUCACGAGCUACAACGUGGCACCUGCUGGUUGGCAGUUUGGUCAGACGUUUCAAGGAGCACAAUUUUAAGGUUUUAUAACAAGUAGACAAAGGUGUGGAAGUUAAAAAUGGAUACUCAAAGAAGAAAAAACUUGAAAGCAUAGAUUCUAAUGAUUUUGUAUAUUGCAGAGGUGGCAAGUUAGCACCCGCUUACCUUACAAUGUUCAAAUAUACACAAAUGAUAUCAUUUGGGUGGUAGUGUUACUACUCCUUACCUUUCUA